GACGUACCCAAGCCAGAAAUCUACGUCACUGGUCAAACCCGUGUUAUUUUGUUAUCAAACUAAAAGUUUUUUAUCUUUAGAUUACAUAUCACACUUCCAAUGUUCCAUUUUAGUUUUUAAAAAUGACUUAAAACCAUGCUAAAUCUGCAUAUCAUUUUCCGGGCUGGAAUCUAGGCCACCGCAAAGUUGCGGUGAGUGAAGGGAGAUAAUUUGUAUUUUGUAUUGAGAUCUUGUGACGUCACGGUCGGGCAGCCAUGAUAAUUUGCUCAUUCCCAAAAAUCAAUACACAACCUAGGGGUGAACUGUUACUGUACGAGUGUCGGUAAACAACUACACGGUGUUUCCAUGUUAUUACCGUGACUGAAAAGGUAACUAUUUUCUAUAUCUUAUCCUAAACAGGAAAAGGGGAACAUUUGUAAAUACACUCUUGGCGAGCUGUCAAACUCAUUGUUGUUUCGGGUACUGUGCUGUUUGAAGAUUUAGUGAUCCGAUCAAAGAGUACAAGCUUAGUGGAUUAUGCCGAAGGAACGUCCCGUUAGUGCGCAAUCCCGCACGGCCUGGCAAGACGACUUAGAUUUCGGAUCAGGUCAUGCAAGACCCGAUAACCAAUUCGAAUUUCGGGCCAGAGAAGACGCUGAUCUAGGGAGUCCAGUAGCAAUGGAGAAUGAAUAUGGCCAGAAACCUAAUUCACGAUCAGACCGAGGAAAGGAACAGACACAGGUUGCUAAAUCCAAACCUAGCGGCUUCUGUGGGAAGAUUGGAAGGGGAAUCAGAUCACUAUGGGCCACCCGUCAGACAGAAGAGACCAAGGGCAAUCGAGAACUUCAUGUGAAGACCACUCUAAGAGAGCUGAUCAUCUACAUUGUAUUUUUGGUCAUUCUCUGUGUUGUGACCUUUGGAAUGACCUCAACCAAGAUGUAUUACUACACCAAGGUUAUGAGUGACCUGUUCCUCUCUACAACUCACAGUGGUGGUGGCACUUUUCAAACCCUCACUAAUGUUGAUGAUUUCUGGAAGUUCAGCCGGGAGACUCUACUGAACGGACUGUAUUGGGAAAAAUGGUACAACGGAGAGGACAUUACCAACCCUGAUGACCUUGGCUACAUCUACUAUGAAAACAAGCUACUUGGUAUACCACGUCUGAGACAAUUGAAGGUCAGCAGGAACUCCUGCAUGGUUCAUGAUGACUUCAAGUCUGUCAUCCGUCAUUGCUAUGACUCGUACUCAGAGAAUUUGGAGGAUAAAACAUCUGACACUUUAAACCAUCCGGGUUACACAGCGUGGACGUAUAUGACAGAAGAGCAACUUGACGGCUCGGGCCACUGGGGUCAGCUGACGACUUACAGUGGUGCAGGUUAUGUCCAGGAGAUGACCGGAAACAACCUCACAUCAGCCAAAGCUUUGAUGGACAACCUGUUCAGUGAGCGGUGGAUAGAUCGAGGCACUAGGGCAGUCUUCAUCGACUUCACAGUCUACAAUGCCAACAUCAACCUCUUCUGUGUCAUUAGGUUCCUGGUAGAGUUUCCUGCAACAGGUGGUGCCAUUCCAUCUUGGACUUUCCGGACUGUGAAACUGAUCAGAUAUGUGACUGUUCAGGAUUACUUCAUCAUGGCCUGUGAAUGCAUCUUUGUCCUCUUCAUUGUUUACUACAUUGUAGAGGAAUCCCUGGAGAUCAAAAAGCACAAGCUGUCCUACUUCAAGAAUGUUUGGAACAUCCUUGACAUCCUAGUGAUCCUGAUAGCAAUCUUGUGUGUUGCGUUUGAUGUAUAUCGAACAGUGGAAGUGGACAGUAAGCUUAGUGUACUGCUGGAUAAUCCAGACAAAUAUGCAGACUUUGAGUUCCUCAGCUACUGGCAGACCAGGUUUGACAAUGCAAUUGCCAUAGCAGUCUUCCUGGCCUGGAUCAAGAUCUUCAAGUACAUUAGCUUCAACAAGACCAUGACCCAGUUGUCCUCCACUCUGGGACGUUGUGCCAAGGAUUUAGCUGGUUUUGCUGUCAUGUUCUUCAUCAUUUUCCUGGCCUUCACACAGCUUGGAUAUCUCCUGUUUGGUACACAGGUCAAGGACUUCAGUAAUUUCCAGAACUCCUUCUUCACCCUAUUCCGUAUCAUCCUUGGAGACUUUGAUUUCCAUCAACUGGAAGCAGCCAACCGUGUUCUCGGUCCAAUCUUCUUCAUGCUCUUUGUGUUCUUCGUAUUCUUCGUGCUGAUCAACAUGUUCUUGGCCAUCAUCAAUGAUACCUAUUCUGAGGUGAAGGGUGACAUGGCAAACCAAAAGAACGAAUUUGAGAUGGGAGAUUACUUCAAGAGGGGCUACAUGAAGAUGGUUGAAAAAAUCAACUUCAAACGUGACAAGAUCGUUGAUAUCCAGGAAGCUUUGAAAAGUGCUGAUAUCAACCAGGAUCAGAAAUUGGAAUUUGAUGAAUGGCGCACAGAUCUGAAGACUCGUGGAUAUGCUGAUAGCGAAAUUGAGGCUCUGUUUGCUAAAUAUGAUGUUGAUGGUGACCGUGUCCUGGACUCGGAAGAACAAAAACGGUUGGCAAAUGAUCUCCAGGAACAGACGACUGCUAUAAACAAAGAAUAUGAUGAUUUAGAGAAGAGUGGGAACCGACCAGGUACAGCUCGCAGUGGAGGCAGUUUCAAUGACGACAGUAUAGAGGAUUCAGAAGAUGACGAAAGUGGCACUAAAUCAUCACGCUCAGGACGGGCAUCAAGUGGUGUUUCAUAUGAAGAAUUUACAGUUCUCUCUCGGAGGGUAGACAGAAUGGAACACUCGAUAGGCAGCAUAGUUUCAAAAAUAGAUGCAGUAUUAGUAAAAUUAGAAGCCAUGGAAAAAGCUAAAUUAAAAAGAAGAGAAACGAUGGGAAAAAUACUUGACAGUAUAACAGAGUCUGAUGGUAAUAGUGAUGAAAUGAAAAGAGAACAGAUGGAAAAAUUAGUUCGCGAAGAAUUAGAAAGAUGGGAUUCAGAUACCUCUUUUAGCCAAAGUGGCCGAGGGGCAUCACCCACCGUUAGUAGUGGCAACAGUUCCCGUGGGGUCAAAGGGCGAUCUCGACCAAGUUCAGGAAAUAAUGUGUCCUCUGAAGUCUAAUGGAUUUCAUAUAUGACCGAGGAUACCAAAGCAACGUUUAAAGAACUACUGGAACUCUACUACCUUCUAUCAUUCCUGCCUGGUGUUACGUAUCCGUGGCUUGGUGUACUUGUUUAUCUCCGCAAUAGUAUUUGUUUAACUCGCUACAGUGGUUCACAAAAACGGAAUCAUGACCAGAAAUUCAUACAGAAAAUGUUAUUUGUGUAAAAGAAUGAUUUGAUGACCAAGAUCAGCACACUGAACAUAUAGAAUAACCUAUAUCACCUGGAUCAUAGCAAUUGUUAGUGUGCAUAGGAAGAUUUUCUCUGACAAUUAUACACAAUUUCUGACUGACAAUAUCACAACAUAAAGACUGCCAAGGUUAUUAUAGAUGAUCUUCAUCAUCUCAUUGUGCAUGUACAAUGUAUUCAUAAUUUUAAUGCUGAUUUUCGAUGAUAAUAUUCUGUAUUAAAAAUCCGUCCGUUUUUAGACUUUUGCUUUUUCAAACAGCAAAGUCAAAUGUAUGAAAAUAUUUUUAAAAUGGUUUAUUUAUAACAAGUAUUUUAUUGAAAAUAUUAUCUUAAAACAUUAUUGCUAGACUGCUGAUCAAUGAUUUUACAUAGUCUGUGAUUAAUUACGAACAAAAUAUAAAAAAAAAAUGGAGUUAUAUGUAUGCAAGUACCAUUUUGUGAUGUGAAUCUAGUGCUAAUGUAAUUUUACUUUUGAAAGUGCUAAGGCUACAUAGGAAUCCAACUUGUGCAAAUUCCUUUUUAAUCAUGGCAAUAUUACCAUUUCUGGGAAGGAAACACUCAAAAUGAUUAAUCAUACAAAUACCCCAGACUACUGUUAGCACCUACGCAGGAGAACCAGUUCAUUUUUUUUCUUUUUUUUCUUAAAAUUGUUUUAUCUAUAUAUGUUAUCUUUAUGUCUAUUGUAAAAUGUUAUAGAAUGUGUAUAUAUAGAUAUUUGCAGUAGAAUCUCCCCUGUAAAAUGGGAUCAAUUUGAAAGAGAUGUUUUAGACAGAAUUACAUCAUGUAUUUUAGCAGUACAUUUUACACAUAAUCAGUGUUUUUACAUUUCAUUAUAUUUGAUACAAACAAAACCCUUAUUUACAACUUAAAAAAUCCGUCCACUAUAUUAUAGUCAUUUAUAAAAAUUGUGUGUACCAACUUUGAAAAUUUCAUCAUUUAUUGACUGGAUAAAAUGUUUGGUCCAACACAUAAAGUUGUAUUUAAUUUUGAGAUUGUAUCUCAUAUCCCUAUGACACCUGGAAAACAAAGUCUGUCAGUGAUAGUUGUUUACUCCCUUGUUCCAUCAGCUGUGGUGGUUCAAUCUAGGAUACCCAGUAAGAAAAUGGAAAAAUACCAAUACAAAAAUGUAACAAAUUAUAAUAUACAUGAAUUUGAUGAAAUAUUAUUGUGUUCAUAUAGAAAGAAUAAUGUACAAAAUAUUGAAGUUAAAUUGUGGUGUACUUCUGUUCACAAUCAUAGCUGACCAACAAUCCUCCAUUGGUCAAGAAUGUUUGGCCAUGUGUUGAGGAGCAUUUACACUGUCAGGAUACUGUACAGACUCACUGUCUGUAGCACUAUAUCAGAAAUCCGUCCAAGGAAAUGUGUUACAUCUCUUCACAAACUUCUUACAGUUUUCUAGGCUUGAACUUGCAUAUAUACAUGUGUAUUAGCAGCAACACCAUCUGUUACAGUUACUAUAAGAAGCUUUUCGUUUAUAAGCAAGUUGACAAGAAUGACUAAAAUCAUGUGAUUCUGUGUUUAACAUUUAUAUCCAGGUUCACUGAAGUAUGCGAUAAUUACUGUGUUUGGACUGUCAGGAUGUUUGUGAAGAGAUGAUCUAGACUUCUUUUUAAUGUGAUGUACUUUUAUUUUACUAUCUGAGAUAGAUGUUAUUACUUCGUUAAUGAGUUGAUUAAAUAUCUUUCAGCAAUAUAAA